GUGUCAGUGAGUGUGUGCAGGGAGAUACCGCUGAAAUAAAAAAAAAACAGGAAGAGAAGACAGAGCAGUGUGUACUCUGACACAAACUCGUUGUCUCUUCAGCAGUCAGAGUUCUUGUUCUGUCCCCUGCUGAAGGCUCCUCUCAUGGGUGAAGUGAAGGGAACGACUGGGUCCCUGGCUCAGAGGCCGGAUAACUCUGCCUUCAAACAGCAGCGACUGCCUGCCUGGUCUCCUAUGCUAACAGCUAGCACUGUGCUGCCGUUCUUCUACUUAAUGGCUAUGAUCUGUUUGCUGCUGGGAGUGUGGCUGCUUCUCACAGUGCAGAGCACACAGGAAAUAAAGCUGGACUACACAAAAGCCGGGACAUGUGAUGUAUGUUUUGAAAAAAGAGAAAAUGUGACCAACGCCGAUCAACCCUGCACCUGCACCGUGGUGUUUUCUAUAAAGAAGAAAUUCAAGGGAGAUGUCUUUUUCUACUACGGCCUCCGAAACUUCCAUCAGAACCUGCGCAGAUACAUGGACUCCAGAGACGACGGACAGAUGGUGGGCAGGAAGAACAAACUCAAGAAACCGAGCUCAUACUGCUACCCGUUUGACAAAGAUGAGAAAGGACACCCUAUCGCUCCAUGUGGAGCUGUGGCCAACAGUAUGUUCAAUGACACCUUCACUAUAAAGUAUCGUGGCUCCACUGGUCCUUCAGUUCCCGUCCCUUUGUUGCGAAAGGGCAUCACCUGGUACACGGACAAAAAUGUCAAGUACCGCAACCCCCCAAGGGCGGAAAACUUGACACUGGCUCAAGCAUUUGAAGGUACAGUGAAGCCACCAUACUGGAAGAACCCGGUGUAUGAGCUCGAUACAGAAGAUCCAACCAACAACGGCUUCAUCAACGAGGACCUGAUCGUCUGGAUGAGAGAGGCAGCUUUCCCCAACUUCAAGAAGCUUUACGGGGUUUUAAACAGAGCCAAAGAGCCGUUUACUAAGGGUCUACCAGUGGGAAACUACAGCAUCGAAAUAUCCUACAACUUCCCUGUGCAGCACUUCCGAGGCAGAAAGGAAGUGGUGCUGACCACACUGACCUGGUUUGGAGGUCAGAACCAUUUCCUGCCCAUCGCUUACCUCGUAACCAGCAGCCUCAUCUUCCUACUGGCCAUCGUCCUCACAGUGGUCUGGUGGAAGUUUGGGAAGGAUGGGAGGAACAUGAAGGAGUGAAGAUGUGGUAGAAAGACUGAGGCAGCUGAGCAGUGCUGAUAGGCUGUUUAGGUAUGUUAAAGAGAAAAAAAUCACUAUUAUGAUACUUGAAAAUGAAGGUUAAGAGGAAUGGUACAAAAAAGGAACACUUAUUUGGGACCAAUAAAUGAGGAAGUUUGACAUCUGGAAAUGAGCUUUCUUCUUGAAACAGUAGCUUUUUUAGUUCCUGAUGUCUGUUUGACAGCUGUGUUUGAACAAGCUUUAACUUUGUUUACCGUGAUUUAAUUCAAUGAACUAUUACAUUUAAAACUGCACUGUAAAUCUUAUGUUAAUUUAAUUUUUUAUACAUACUUAAAAAAAACUAGGAGGAAAAAUCUGUUGUGGUUUUAUGUUUGUAUUUUCCUGCUGAUCUUACUAUUAUUUUCAAAUGUGAAUUAGUAACUGUAUGUUUUUUAAUUACAUCUUAAUGGUGUUUUUAAACUCUGAUUGUAUUUUACCAUCAAACCAAGAUGCUAAAAAUGAUGGCGUUUAUGUAUUUAACAUAUUUAAGUCUUUAAGGCUAACAGCUCUUUAAAACCAAAGGAUGCUACGAUAAAAUGCCAAACUUUAUGUUCUUGUGAUUAAAGCCCUAUGGAACAUACAAUUGAGGAAAAAAUUAUUAGCCCCCACUGUGGAAAUUGCCUUUAUUCAAGUAUUUCCAAAGUGCUGUUAAACAGAGCAAGGAAUUUGUAACACAGCAUCCCAGCAUCCAUUUCACAAAAACAACCAGGGUCUAAAUUAUUAGCCCCCCUGAUGCUAAUAGUCAUGUUGUGUGUAACAGCCUGCAGUUGUUUGUUGUAGUUUUUCUCAAAUCUCAGACACGUCUCCUGAGGAAUCCCAGCCCAUUCUACUUUGGCUGAUCUCUCAAGCUCCUCCAGAUUUGAUGGUCUUCUAGCAUUGACCUUGGAUUUUGGUUUUUGAUUAAUGUGAUUGGUUUUGUAAAUUGGAAGAUGACUCUCAGUUUUAACUUUAUUUUACAAGCUUUGAGCAUUACAAAGUUAAAGCACAUCACUGCACAACAGUGGUUUGUGCUAAGGCUCAACCAAAAGGUCAUUUGUAAAGGAGGUUAAUAAUUAAGACCCUUGUAGUUUUUGUGAAAUAAUUUUGUUUCCAUGUGUAAAGUAAAAUAAUGUAAGCAUCAUAAAUAAAACUAGGAUGCAUUAAAAAUGCAUAGCACUGUUUAACAGCACUUGGGAAAUACUUAAAAAAUGCAUAGGGAAGGCUUGUAAUUUUAUCAUCUGUAUGUGGAAAAAAAACACCUCAAUCCCUGUACUGUUUGUUACAUGUGUAAAUAGCAUUGUUGCUACUGAAAUGAUUCCAUUCUGUAUUUUUAUACUGUUCUACAGCAACAUGCUCUGUCCAGAUAAAAUAAAUUAUUCUGACAACAGA